CGCUGCUGGUAUAUAUUGGAAGCGAGGGCCGGGAGCAUCACAGUCAGCUUCUGCAUCGACUCCACACACCAUGAACGCCAAGAUCGCCAUCCUCCUCGCCCUCGUGGCCGUGGUCGCCGCCGACAGCGACGAGUUCAGAGGCUACGGCGCGCCCAGGAGGUCCUCCGAGGAGUCCUACGAGUCCUCCGAGGCCCAGUACAACUUCCAGUGGUCCGUGGACCACGACCCCUCCAGCAACGAGUACGGCCACCAGGAGGCCCGCGACGGUGACAACACCAAGGGCUCCUACUACGUGGAGCUUCCCGACGGUCGCGUCCAGAACGUUGCUUACCAGGUCAACGGCGGCUCCGGCUACCUCGCCGACGUCACCUACACCGGCUCCGCUGAGUCCUUCGAGUCCGACGAGUCCAACGAGUCCUUCCGUUACUACGGAUCCAACUAGUCCAAGUGAACACAAUCACCGCACACCUCCCUUUCCGGCUAGUCUCCCGCAGCGCAGCACAGCGGCUGCUCAACUCUGUCUCAUCCUGUUAUUUAUUGACCUAUUUAUGACCAUUAAAUAAAAUAUUUUGCAUUA